UGUGAGUAAUUGCAAGCAACUGCAAGCAAGUGUAAAGCCAAGUGCGAGCAUGAACCUGCAAGCCAUGGGGUAAGCAUGGGUCAUCUACAACCCAUCAUGAGUCCUACAAUGCAAUAUUUACCCGCUGCGAAGAAUCUCAAUUGAGAAUAACCUGAUACCUUAUGCUAUCAAUUCUCAUGGGCUUUUUUGGGCGUCUCGAUCUCUUACAAUCUUGUACGACGUCCCCAUUUAUGUCAAGAUAGCCAAUCAUUACGAUUGAGUUAUCACAUCUUCCAGACCUCGCCUUUAUCUUCGCAAUGAUGCUCUUCUAGCUUCUCUGUUAGUUGGCUGAAAUUUUCAAAAUAUUUCUUACCCUCGUUUUCUUUUGUCUUUUGUCUUCAAUCUUCCUAUUCGAUUGGAAAUUGUGUUCGGUAUGAAGUCGUGGUCAUGCAAUCCUUGAGCAGGUUUCUCAAUGAUGCGCAAAUGGCUUGGUUAAUCUCUUCUAUCAAUUGUUGUGCGGCGGGGGAAGAUGUGGGGAGUUGUGGUAAGCAGAUAAAUAAGAAGUCUGCAGUUAUGAAUAGCUCUAACAAAACAUCAAGAACCAGAAAAAUCAAUGCGCAUAGUAAAUGGACAACCUCAGUUAAUAUCCCCACCAUUAUCACAACCAUUAGAAAAACCACAGACAUCAUCUGCUUUGGAGAGACCACAAACUAGAGGGAAAGAAUGGUCUACUAGUCGAUCAAGGACAUCAAGUCGUGGAAGUUUUAGCUUGAGAAGAAACUUAUCAUCUCGUGCUUCAAAUCGAAUGGUGAUUAGUGCUCCAUAUAACUUCCAACAUCAUACGGAAACGAGUUAUGUGAGGGAACCCGAACGAGUCGUUAUUAGGAAUGAGCCAAAAUUGCGACCAUUGGAGCUGAGCAUAUAUUCACCAGGAAACCGAUUAUCACCCUUACCAGAGUUUGGACCUCAUACAAAUGAUGAGAAAAAUGAUCGUACUUUACUUCAUAUGAGGAGCGAGUCGGCAUUGGAAUUUCGGGUGCCUAGGAAACCAGUUCUGUCCACGGUUGUUGAAAGGAGGUCAAUGAACGCCGAGGAGUUGUUGGAUGCGUUAGCGAAUGAUUUACCUCAGGAGCGCCCUACACGAUUAAGAGCAAAUACGGAACCACUUGCGUAUGAAAGAGUCAAAUCUGCGUUAUUGGAAAAUAUAGAAUUGGAUAAACGACUAAAAGAACUUGAUGAAGCUAUCGAAAGAAGAAGUAUUUAUCUAGCCAGUCGACCAACAAGUCGUGCAAGCCGAGCUGAAAGUCGGCAAGAACGACGUGAGAGUAUAUACUCAGAAUUCACGGGUAAGCUUUUAGUUAAUUGCCAUAUCUUAAAUACAACACGUCUAACGGAACCAAAGAACCCAUGCCCGCCAUCAGGGAUCUUCCACUCCACAACACCAAUCGUCGCCCCCAAACAGCUCCCUCACGACCCCGCCGUCUAAAAUCCAUAGAUUCUUCUCUCCGCGCCCCGAAACUCCUUAAAGAACGCCCAUUACCUCCUCCUCUUCCCCUAGUUCUCCAAACCCCUCAAGUUGCCGCUCGAAGCAAAUCUCUUUCGCGCGUCUCCUCCUGGUUAUUCUCAUCCGAACAACAUCACUCUCGCCACAUGUCUCUCGAUUCAGUUACCAACACCCCCAAACCCGUAACAUCUAGACAGGGUUUCUAUCAAUGUAUCGAAGUAAAAGAAGUCGAGAACCCGCUUAGUGCGAGCAGUGUGAGUAGUAUGACAAGUGAGAAUGAUAACGAAGAUUAUGAAGCGACGAGUUGGAGCGAAAGUCCAAGUCUUGGACAUGGUGAUAGGGAUGUUAAUGAUUUGGGUUAUGGAGCGAGAAUUAGUGUGGAUAGUAAGAGGUUACAAGUUGCGCCACCUAGUAGAGAUGGAGCGAGGACAUUUGGAGGAAGUGAAAAGAGUGAGGAGGCGAGGUGGAGUAUGGCUUAUGGAUAUGGAAGGGAUAGUGUUGGAGUUGCUUUCUAAUAUCUUGGUUGUACUGUAUAAAUAUACGGAUGGCAAUAAAUGAGGUUUGGAUCUGGCGGUAUGGUUGAUCGUUGGUAUGGUAGGUCUGUUUGGUUUGGUUUGUUUGGUUUGGUUUGUUUGGUCUGGUUGAUUUGUUUGGUCUGGUUGAUCUGGAUGGUUUUCAAGGUUCUUUAAAAGGGGGGAAAGGGUCAGGAUACUUCUUUAUGAUACCACCUAUUGUACUUGCGGCGUUGCGAUUUUACAUAUACCUAUUUAAGAUAUUAGUAAUGAGGAAGUGUAUGGAUAAUAUAGAUCUGUUCUAGUUGAGGAUAUCGAUGAACUC